UAUAUGAGAGAAGGAAUUUAUAGUCCAAAUUGUUCUUUUAUCUCAACCCAAAAGACAACAUGCUGCUCCUCAUCUUCCUACAAUUGCUCUACACCGGAGCCGCUGCAGAAAUGUCCUGCACAGUAAUGCCCGGGAAGCUGAAACAGCUGGAUGCUGGGAAUGGAGAGGUUUUUGGGGUGUCAGAAGAUAACAAGAUAUACUUCUGGCACUUAAACAGCUGGACACGCAUUUCAGGGAACGCUUCACAUGUGACUGUGGGACCAGCAGGAAUUUGGGCAGUCGAUCCCGAAAACUACAUUUACAGGCUGCAGGAUUUUGAGUGGAUACAAGUAUCAGGACUCUUAAAGCAAAUUGAUGCUGGGGGUGAUAAAUUCGUAGCUGGAGUAAAUGCUGAAGAUAAUAUUUACUGCCUAAACGAGCACAGAUUAAUGGGAACUGCCUUAAUCUUCACCCAAAUCAAAGGGAGCCUCAUGUAUUACAGUUGUGGUCCCCUGGGCUGCUGGGGUGUUAACAACAUCCAUGAGAUCUAUUUCUGGAACAAUGUGUCACCAACAUCUUGCCAGGCAACAGGGUCUGAACAAGUGAAUGGAAUUCUUGUCAUGGUGGAGGUGGGAACAGACGGAUCAGUGUUUGCUGUGAAUCAUGAAGGCAAAGUUUACAGAAGAGUGGGUAUCAGCCCUAAGAAGCCUGUGGGAACCCAAUGGAAAGAAUUGGAUCUUUAUAACAGUUUCAAACAUGUCAGCUACGAUGCUGGAUUCCUGUGGCUCAUUGCUGAGAAUGGGCGCGUCAUUAGAUGUCCCUAUCCUGAGUCUAUACUGUCAAGCCUGUUGUAAACCCAGAGAGCUCACAGUAAACCCUGCUUUAAAUAGUCACACAUAGGGGGUUAUUUACUAAACUCAAAUUUUUCUGGUCGCACUUUUAAAGGAACUGGGUAAAUAGAUAGGCU